AUGGUCUAUCACCACAAACCCAAUCCUUCCUCUGGCGCCAUGAAGCGCUCUGCUUCCGCCAUGGAAGGACCUCCCGGCUGGGACGUGGCUCCUCCUAUGAUGGCUAUCCGCCCGCCUCGUCACACGGCCAACCCGUUGAACCUUCCCUUCGCCCACUACGCCCUUAUCUACCUUGACAAGGAUGGUAAGGUGAAGACUGAGGAGUCCGCUUCGAUGGAGGACAACUAUUCCUACCGCAGCACUUUCACUGCUGAAGUUCGCGAGAGAUUUCUUGAUAUGAUUGAUGAGAGCGAGCGCAUUCAAGGCCGCCAGCCUAUUUCCCGACCAUCCCCGCGUCGUGUUCGACGCCGCCGCGACAACAUCCCAGUUUCGGCCUCGGCCUCUUUCACUGAGGACCACGCUGCUGAAGACUCUGACAGCGAUGACAUCUCCCCUGGUGGCCGUGAAACCACCGCGCUCCGCAUUGGAGACACUCAGAAGAUCAUCAACUACUACGAAGGUGCUCUUAAGCACUUCCAGCAACUGAACUGCCGCAUGGUGGCCAAGGCCUUCAUCAAGUUCAUUGAGCCUCGCAAGCAAGUGCGACACCCAUACAACGGCGGCAAGCCUCCUGCCGGGUCUGCACCUGGUACCACUGGCGACCCCGAAAAGACUAAGCCUGAGUGGUGGCCCCCGGGUGUUAUGCACAAGGAGCCUGAUCACUUGCGCAAGGAGUACCGUAUUGAACUUCUACUUCACAUUAUUCGCAAGCUUGGCCACUACCACAUCACUGCUGAUAAGCUUAAGGAGGUCGCUGGCGACACAAAGCGGAGCUUGAAGCACCCCUCGCACAUCGGAAUAAUCUUCGAGAUUCUUCGGGUCCGCAAGAUGGAAGAGCGCUAUGAGCGCGGUGAGGUUGAUGGUAACACUCUGGUCUAUGUUGAGAAUCGUGGACCCAGCCCCAAGGGGGAUGGUGACGGUGACGAGGAGGAAGACUCGGGCGAUGUUCCUGCCCUGCCUGCCAAUUUCGAUGCUGCUGAGCGGAUCGAGGAGGGCCUUUUGACCCCAAGCUCCACUGUUGAACAGGCCCCUGCCACUCUGACCACCCCUAUCGACAACAUGCCAGUGGGUAUGCCUCCUCGCUCUUUGCCAGGAGGCUUCUCCCUUGGUGAGCCUCUGACCUUCGAAGGCCGGCAAGAUCGCCACUUCUACGCCACCCCGCCUCAAUACACCGACUCCUUCUCGCAAGGCAUGCUCAGCACUCCAAUCGCGACUGAGAUGCUCAGUCCUCACGAGGUCCCUGUUUUUGACUACCCCCAGAACGGCUUCCCAAGCUCAACACCGGAUCAGCCCCGCGGUCCUGGUUAUGAUUCCUGGUCGACGCCUUCAUUCCGUCAGAACAUCUUCGGUCCUGUCGACUACAAGGUGGAUUACAGUGCGCCGCCCUCUUCGCAGCCGCUGCCCCAUACAUCCAUGCCCUACGGUAUGCCAAUGGCUCCGCCUCACAUGCACGAGAUGUCUCCUCAUGCCCAGUCGCCUGUGGACCCGGCCACUGGACGGGCUCUGCCUUUCCGCACUGGCUCGCUGGGUCACCCACAUGGCCUGCCUCCUGUUACUCUUUCUCACUCUGUCUGA